GGCCCGGCUGGGCGGAGAAUCAGCACACAGGCACACAGAUGGCGGCGGCAUGCAGUUAGGCCGGCUCAAGUUGACGGCUCGACAGAAGCCAGGAGGAAGAAGAAACAGUAGCUGUGGAAGGAAGAAGAAGAAACUGGAGCCGUUGGAUUUGGAUCCAAUGGUUAUGGAAAAAUCGACUGCUUUCCUGACUUAUAGUUGCUCCGUAAGGAAUACAUCAUUCAUCUUCCUUUAAUUCUGAAACUGAGUACUCGAGUAUGCAGGUAAACAUGGCCCGAGUGCAGCCAACGCGAUCUUCGUCUCUUGGAUGGCUAUCGGAAACGUCCUGGGAUACUCCUCUGGCUCCACCGACAAAUGGCACGAGUGGUUUCCCGCCCUCCAAACAAGAGCUUGCUGCGAAGCUUGCGCGAACCUCAAGGCCGCCUUCUUGGUCGCAGUGAUAUUCCUUGGUUUUUCGACGGCGGUAACAAUGAUCUUUGCAAAAGAGACGCCGUUGAACCCUGAGGUGGCGAAGCAGGGCGAGGGGGAGGCGACGGGCCCGCUGGCUGUAUUCAAGGGCCUAAAGAACCUGCCGGCCGGCAUGCCACAGGUGCUCAUCGUGACCGGCCUCACGUGGCUGUCAUGGUUCCCCUUCAUCCUCUUCGACACCGACUGGAUGGGCCGCGAGAUAUACCAUGGCAGGCCGGACGGGAGCCCCGCGGAGAUCGCCGCCUUCCAGGAGGGCGUCCGGCAGGGUGCCUUCGGCCUGCUGCUCAACUCUGUACUUCUCGGGAUAAGCUCCUUCAUGAUCGAGCCCAUGUGUCGGAAGCUCGGAGCAAGAACCGUGUGGAUCGCUAGUCAGGUCCUCGUGUGCAUCGCAAUGGCGCUGGUCGCCAUCCUCGGCGCAUGGUCGCUGGGCGACUUCGGCGGCAACGUGCAAGACGCCGCGGCAACGGAAAAGGGCCUGAAGACAUCAGCCCUCGUCCUUUUCGUCUUCCUCGGCCUUCCCUUUGCAGUUCUAUGCAGUGUCCCGUUCGCCAUGACGGCACAGCUUGCCGCGAGCAAAGGUGGUGGACAAGGACUGUGCACGGGGAUCCUGAACAUCUCCAUCGUGACGCCCCAGAUGAUCGUCGCCAUCGGCGCUGGGCCGUGGGACGAGCUGUUUGGGAAGGGAAACAUCCCGGCGUUCGCCCUCGCCUCUGUGUUCGCCUUCGCCUCAGCCGUCGCCGGGACAAUCAUGUUGCCCAAGAUGUCAAAGAGCAGCUUCCGGUCCGUAAGCAUGGGCGGAGGACACUGAUAACAGGCACCUGAAAUUUUUCAUGCGCUCAGUUGAAUCUGCAGCCGUCCAUUCCCAUAGUUCGUGAUUCGUACGUGGGGUGUGUUUGAGCUGUAGUUGACUGACACAACUUUCAUUUUCAGUGGAUUUUGUUCAACGGAAUGGGCCUCAGCCCCUUAGUUUUAGGUUAGUGAGUUAUGCAUUAGCCAGGUAGUAGUCCAUUUGUGUUUUAGUUGAUGCUUGUUGUAGCUUGGGUCACUAUUUCUCUUGUUUUCUUGUUAAAUUCCUCUUCACUUUUAUAGCAAUUGUGAUGGCCAUUUUAGAGUUUCGUGUUCGUUUUGAUUUGUUUUCAUGAUCCAAGUGCUCCGAGAAUUAUUUUUCUUUAGUAUAUACCAGCCGUUUUCCCUCUUUGUGUAUGUCGCUAUUUUUUUCUGCGUCCGCAAAAAAAUCGUCCAAGUGAUUCUUGUGUAUAGUUGUAUGUGCCAGUCUUUUUUCUCUCUUCGUGCCACUAUUCGUUUGUACGUGCACACAGUGCACAGGCAAUAUCAAUAUGAGAUGCAAUUCUUUUUUUUUUUGCGGGGAAUAUGAGAUGCAAUUCAACUGUGAGGUGUUUGUAUAUGCACGUUCCGAGGCAAUACUAUCGACAUGACUAAGACAAUGAAUCUCCCACGUACACACGCAAGUAGUACUAUGUAAUAUGUGUGCAAAUUAUUUUGGAGUCUUAGAAACUGCAUUGUUAUAUGCUUCUUCUUGCAUAUUGUGAAAGGGUGCAAUUUUUCUCUUUUAAUUUGUUGACAUCAUUUUAUUUUUUAUUUUCUUUCUUUAUUUAGGGUAAAGAAAUGUCUUGAUUCAUUCUUCCCAGUAAAACUUUAGAGUUUAAUUAUGUUUUAGUUUUUGUUUUAUAUACAAUUUUUAUUACCAGAUCCUGCGUUUUAAUUUUGUGAUUCAUUUAAGGUAGUACCAUCAGCAUGAGUAAGAGAAUGAAUCUCCGAUGUACACACACAAAUACUAUGUAAUAUGUGUGCAAAUUAUAUUGGAUUCCAAAACAUCACACCGUUAUUUAUUUCUUCUUGCAUAUUGUCAAAAGAUGCAAUUUUCUCUUCAAGUGUUGUCAUCAUUUUUUUUAUUUCUUUAUUUAGGUUAAUAGAAA